GGCCGUUAGCGCUGGCUCCGAAGACCGUUGGGCGGCGAAGGCUCGGCGCGGGGAGAUUUUUUUAUACAUUGUUAAAAUUUGUACUACUCAUAUCCAAGAUGUCUGGUGAAACAAAUGCUUCUAAGAAGAAGUCUACUCAGUUAAAAAGAAAUUCUGCUCAGUUAAAAAGAAAUUCUGCUCGGUUAAAAAGAAAUUCAGAAACGAAAGUUGAUGAGGAAGUAGCCUCAAAGAAAAAGGGUAGAAGAAGCAAAGCAAAAAGAAAUAAAAUUAAUCCAAAGCAUCUGUUGCCUGAAGGACAAGUGAAAUGUACUCAGCUAAAACAGAUCAAAAUAGCAUCCAAAAAGAGAAAAUCCUGGCAACCUCUUCCAAAGAGUACCAAAGAACAUUUACAGAUUAAGAUAGAAUCAGUGAUGUUAGCAACUUUAGGCCAGGCUAAAAAAAGUAAACAACAAAUUGAACAGAUCCAAUAUCAUCUCAACUUCUUACAUGAAAGUUUGAUACAGGAAUGUGAAACCCUGAAAGCGCCUCACAGAAAGCUGAACUAUUUAACUGAUGUUUCAAAUCUACUAAAGAUGGAGCAGGCACAGGAAGUAGCUAAUGAAGCAAGUCUGAUGUCAUUGCAGGAAGAAAUAAAUAAAACAGUGGGAGCAAUAGAAGUUAUGAAAGAGAAUAUUGAAAGCAUUAAAAGCAAAGUUCAAAAGUUGGCACGUGAUACAAAAAAAGAAGAGGAGAUAAUACAAAAGGUACAUCAGUUAGGUACCAAAGGGCUACUUUCUCUUCCAAAACUUUGUCAGGAAAGUCUCAAAGCACCCACACUUCAAGAAGAAAUUUUGGCAAUGAUUCCAAACCAGAAAGCUCUUCUAAAGGACUUGAAUGUUCUUCACAAUUCAUCCCAAGUGCAGAGCAUGUCAGCAUUCAUUGAAGAAGCUUAUGAGAAACUAGAUCCUUCUUGAAGUGCCUUUGUUUUCAUGUUAGUAUGAAUUUAUAAAGUUAGAAUCUCUGGUAUUACAAGGCAGUUGCUUGUGCAGGAGUUCUUUACCUGUAAUACGCACUUUAAAGUUAGCCGGGGUGGUCUAUUAUUAGUAUCUAAGGGUCCUUGAAACUGUGUUUAUAUAAGUUGCAUAUAAAUCGUGCAGCUAUUUGUCCAAAACUAUGAAGUAAGAAUAACCAUGAUUUUAUACUUUAGAAUGGCUGCUGAGAUCGUUAAAUAAUUAUCGCAGAGGAACUGCUAUGCUGUGGCUUUGUGUGUUAGAAGUGUUUACAUAUACUGCACCUGAUGAAUAAAAGCACUAGUGUCUGCUGUCACUCAU